UUACACAAAAAAAAAAAGAAUAAGCAGAAGCGAUGACUGGUAGUGUCGAGGAAUCUCUGUCGUUAGAUUACCUAAACCUUUUAAUCAACGGUCAAGCUUUCUCUGACGUCACUUUCGGCGUCGAAGGCCGUCUGGUCCACGCUCACCGCUGCAUCCUCGCUGCACGUAGCCUCUUCUUCCGCAAAUUUUUCUACGGAUCUGAUCCUCCACAAACAAUAACCAGUUCAGCUUCAGGGGCCAGAGUGGCCUCAGUGGGAGGAGUCGUACCGGUUAAUUCUGUCAGUUACGAAGUUUUCUUGCUUCUACUUCAGUUCUUAUACAGUGGUCAAGUCUCACUCGUACCGCAUAAGCACGAGUCAAGAUCAAACUGUGGAGAUAGAGGAUGUUGGCACACGCAGUGCACUGCAGCCGUUGAUCUCUCCUUAGAUAUCUUAGCCGCCGCUCGUUAUUUUGGAGUUGAGCAGCUUGCGUUGCUUACUCAGAAACAUUUGACAAGCAUGGUGGAGAAAGCCUCCAUUGAAGACGUGAUGAAAGUACUAAUAGCUUCAAGAAAGCAAGACAUGCAUCAGUUAUGGACUUCUACAUCUCACCUAGUCACCAAAUCUGGUCUUCCAACAGAGAUUCUAGCCAAACAUCUCCCAAUCGAACUCGUAGGCAAGGUUGAGGAGUAUCGUCUCAAAUCAUCUAUACCUCUACGUUCUCUAAUGCCUCACCAACAUGACCAAAACUCGGCUCUAAACCUAGAGGACCAGAAGAUGAAGAGGAUGAGACGAGCAUUAGACUCCUCAGAUUUUGAGCUAGUAAAGCUAAUGGUUAUGGGAGAAGGACUCAAUCUAGACGAGUCAUUAGCUUUGUUUUACGCGGUGGAGAAUUGUAGUAGAGAGGUUGUGAAGGGACUUCUUGAGCUUGGAGCAGCUGAUGUGAACCAUCCGGCAGGUCCCACCAGGAAAACCGCACUCCACAUCGCAGCAGAGAUGGUCUCUCCGGAUAUGGUGGCCGUGUUACUUGACCACCAUGCUGAUCCAACCGUUCAGACAGUUGAUGGUAUCACUCCUCUUGACAUCCUUAGAACCCUAACUUCAGAUUUCUUGUUUAAGGGGACAAUUCAUGGAUUGACUCACAUUGAGCCUAAUAAGCUCAGGCUUUGUCUCGAGCUGGUCCAGUCUGCUGCAAUGGUGAUUUCUCGAGAAGAAGGGAACAAUAACAAUAACGUUAACAACACCGUGAUCUACCCUAGGGUGAAAGACGAACGCACGAAGGGGAGUAGUUUGGAUUCAAGAUUGGUUUAUCUUAAUCUUGGAGCUACAAAUCCGGAUUUUGGAGAUGAACAUGGCAAUCAAACGGAAGAAACGAGCCUGCAUCAUCAUCAUUAUCAUGACCCGUCAACGAUGUAUCAUCAUCAUCAUCAUCAUCAUCACCACCACUUCUAG